AUCAGAUUCAAUCAAGACUAGAGAACUGAGAAGCCGAAUGGGAUGCUAUUCUCAAGCAAACUCUCCUGAGGAGCCCUUCGAACCCAAGCAACUGGAGGCUUUGGCGUCCAAGGAGCUACCUAUCCUUCGACAACAAGUGUUGUUGGGUUUGCUGAAAAUCCUGGACGAAGUCUUGACCGGAGCCCAGAUCCCCUACUGGAUCACUGGGGGCACUUUGUUGGGUGCUUGUCGUCAUGAAGGCUUCAUCCCUCAUGACGACGACGUGGACGUGGAAUGCUUCCAGGAGGAUGUGGCACGCAUCCAGGCGGCCUUCAAGGCAAGUCCUCUUCCUGGGCAUUUCAUCGAAAGCGGGUCCUGGGAAGGACAGCGCAUGGGGCGGCUCAUUUUUUGGGAUGCCAUUUUCAUCGACUUCUUCCUGCGCCCUACUCCACCUGCUGAGGAGCCCUGCUUCCCUUCUGCGGAGGAACUCUUUCCCCUGGAGCGUCUCUCCUUCCAUGGCCUGAAGCUCUGGGGGCCUCAGAGCGCCAAGGC